AUGGGUUGGCUGGAAACCUUACUUGGUCCUCUAAUUGAAGAGAUCUUGUCUAUACGCAUUGCAUUCACACAAGUGCACCCAUUUGCAGAAUAUAGGCGAAUGGAUAGGGGAAAAGGAGAGGAGGGAUCCAUCAAUUACGGUCAGGGAGGCUAUCACCCUGUGGAAAUUGGCGAUUUCUUCAAUAAAUAUGUGGUGCAAUCCAAGCUGGGUUGCGACACUUCUUCCACCGUUUGGCUUGCCUGGGACACCCAACUCAACAAAUAUGUUGCCCUCAAGAUAACAAGGAGCAAUACUAGUUAUACAAGAAUGGCCCAGGUUGAGAUUGGAAUCCUCAAAAAGAUAUCACAGGCUGAUACAAAAGGCUCCGAAGGAGACAAUUUAAAGACACUUCUAAAACAUAAUAGCGGGAAGGGCCUUCCAUUGCACAUGGUAAAGAAAAUUUGUUUUCACAUCUUGGGAGGACUUCGAUUCUUGCAUGAUGAAGUUUCAAUUGCUCACGCAGAUCUCAAACCAAAAAACAUUCUUUUACCAUCCACCAUUGACCCCGAAAAAGACCCAAAGAAGCUUGGUGUCCCACUUAUACCUUCUUCUAACAAAGAUAAAGAUCCAAAGAAGGGAAAAUCAGUAGCUCUAGAUGAAGAAGAGGAGAAGAUGGGUGUAGAAGCCCAAGCUGUGCAAGAAAGGACAUUAAGUGCAUCCCUUGACCUCAAAUGCAAGAUAGCUGAUCUGGGCAAUGCGUUCCAAACCAAUCGAAAUUAUUCAAUAGAUAUCCAGUGCACCAGUCCUGUUCAAACAUCUCGCUACAAUUGUCUAGAGAUUUUUCUCAUGCAAUCUCCACUCUCUAAGGCAGUAGAUAUAUGGUCUGUUGCAUGUAUUGCUUUUGAACUUGCCACAGGGGAUUUUUUGUUUAAGCGGUAG